GACUGGGAGAUCUCGGGUGACGACUCCCCCACGACCACCCCCACGACCACCCCCACCCUGCCCUCCACCUUGUCGACCACCACCCCCGUGUCCACAACCCCCACUGACCCUUUGACCACCCCCAUGUCCACAACCCCCACGCCCCCCACGCCCCCCAAGACCACCCCCACGCCGCCCCCCACGCCCCCCACCUCCUCUCCCACCGGCGCCACCACGGCCACCGCCAGCACGAGUCCCUGCUUCAACGGCGGCACCUGGCAGGGUGGCCAGUGCCUGUGUCCCCACAACUUCCAAGGGGACCGGUGCCAGAACGCCAAGGACGCCGUGGAGGUGGAAAACGCGAACGUGAGCGCCACGGUGGAGAUGACGACCAAGAUCGACGCCAACUUCAGCGAGGAGCUCAACGACAAAUCCUCGGAGGAAUACCGGAACUUCACCGGGGAGUUCCGGCGCAUGAUGUCGCAGGUUUAUCGCGAUAUCGAGGGCUACAGCGACGUGGAGGUCAGAAAACUGAGCAACGGCAGCAUCGUGGUGGACUACGACGUCCUGCUGGUGGUCUCUGCCAGCGCCGUGGCCAACGAGACGGUGAAGAACAUCUCCGAGAGCCUCGUCACCGCCGUCCAGAACUACACCGGCACCAACUGUUCCUUGUGCUUCGUCACCAACUCCACCAAGGUCCAGAACGUCACCGUGCAGGAGGUGGAAGAAGAUGUGUGCCACUCCCAGAUCCAGGAGAAUUUCAGGGAUUUCUACGUGCCGUACCUGACGGCGGCGGGCGUGGUCUGCAUCACGCGCUGCGACGCUCGCCACGCCGACCGCUGGCCCUGCGGCUACGGCAGCUGCUCCGUGGGCGAGCGAGGGCCGCGCUGCCAGUGCUCGGAUGAAGCAGCCUUCUGGUACCGGGACCGGUUCUGCCGCUCCCGCGUCAGCAAGGUGGCCGUGACCGCCGGCGCUUCGGUGGCCGCCCUGGUGCUGGUCACCGCCGUCUUCACCACGCUGCUGCUGCUCAACCGCCGGCGGCAGAAGGAGCGGGACAGGAACAGGAUGAGGUCGCGCUCGGAGCUCUACGACAGCGACGACGGCGACUGGGACAGACCCCAGGGCUUUGCCAUGCACAACCUGGCGGCCACCUGGGAGGACAUGGAGACGCCCGGCACGAGCUACAUCAACCUGGAGAGGGUGGACACCUCGAGGACGAUCCACUUCCGUAGACCGACCGCAGUUCCCUGAGCGGAGCCACCUGAGAGCCAGUGGGGACAGGACAGGGGGACAGGGGGACAGGUGGACACGGGGACAGGGGGGUGACAAGGAGCAGGAAGCUCCACCCUCUCCCUCCCCACGCAGUGUUUGCACACAGAACUAUUUAUAAAUAAAUACAUCCUUGGUUUCGUUGCCACCCGUCCCCGUUCCUGUGCUGGGGACACCGGGUGGCCCCGUGACGAGA